GGACUUCUCUCCCUUCCCGGGGUCUGCGCAUCAGCUCCAGACUCCGAGCUCCAGUUCCGCGACUCUGUCGGCUACUCUCCCAGGCGGCGCGACUCCUAUCUCCCUUCUGAGGCUGGACCAGUCGCCUUUCCCCAUAGGUGAGGACUAGAUGAGGAAAGAGGUGGAAGAUUAAUUAACAGUCCAAAGUUAUACAUGGUUGACGACAGAGAAAAUGCAGUGCUUUCUACAUUCUUGGCCCAGAGGAAUUGAAUCCUGUUCUGAAGCUUUUUGAGAGAUCAAAGUUCAGCAUAAUUAGUGAGUCUUUGCUGCUGACUGGGUACCGCAGCAAAGGCUUUAGAGAAUUAGUUCUUCAGUGCAAACAAUGAUUUUCAUGGACUGUAAUCUCAGUAUAACAUGCUUUCCCUGUAACCUGAAAGAAUACCCAGCACUCGUCAGCAAAUCUGUGGAGACCUUAUAGAAACCCUCUUAACUGAACCGCUGCGACUCUGGGUUGGCCAGGGAGAACCUUAACAAUAGUAAAUAUCCAUUUGCCUUCUGGAAGAUUCAAGCACUGCCACACCGAACUGCUGCGGAAAUACCAUGUCUAAGAACUCAGAGUUCAUCAAUCUGUCAUUUUUAUUAGACCAUGAGAAGGAAAUGAUUCUGGGAGUCCUAAAGAGAGAUGAAUAUUUGAAAAAAGUGGAAGACAAGAGAAUAAGGAAGCUGAAAAAUGAACUUUUAGAGGCAAAAUGUAGAAGUGGGAAGACUCAACAAGAGACCAGUAGAGUCUGUGUUCACUGUCAGAAAAAACUUGGCCUCAUCUUUGACCGGGGAUAUCCAUGCCAAGUCUGCUUCCUCAAGGUGUGCAGUGAAUGUCAAGUCAUGGGCCCCGAUGGCAGCUGGAAGUGCACUGUCUGUGCCAAAGUCGCGCAGCUAAAGUUUAUAAGUGGAGAAUGGUUUUAUGAAGAAAAAGCAAAGCGUUUCAAGCAAGUCAAUGUUCUGGGCACUGAUGUUGUCCGACAGUCCAUCUUAAGAAGAAGCCCAGGAUCUGAAGAAAUACAAAGCCAAGAGGAAGCCCACCAAGAUGUAGACAAGUCAGACACUUCAUCUUCAAUCAGACAGAAGGCCACUCAUGAUGGAUCCAAGAGGAGGGGAUUUCUUCUGAGCAAGUUCAGAUCAGCAACCAGAGGAGAAAUCAGAACUCCAAAACCUGAAAGUGGGAGGAGCUAUAGCUUGGACUUAGACAGUCAUACACUUCAGAGUUUCAAGUCAGCCUCUGGAUCAGACAGAAGUACCGCUUGGCCAGAUCUCAUUGACCAGGAGGCGAGACGAGGAACACCGACAAACAGCUACAGCAAUGGUGGAAUCCCUGCCACUCAGAGGUCACCAGCCCCAAGUGCUCGUAGUGUGACCUCCAUCAGCAGUAGAGAUCACGUUGUUGAAAAGUCCAUGACUGUGGGUGCCAGGGAAAGCCCCUCUGAGGAACUGACAAAGAGUCACCGCAGAAAUACAUCUGGGCCACCUUCCAUCGCCGUGUUGGGGGCCUCCCUUUCCUCGGACCGGAGUCAAUCUGAGUUAGAUUUCAGUGAGUCAUUUACAGAAGACUUAGAGGAUACUUCAAGCGUAAGAAGCAGAUCUGUCUCUGGGACAUUAGACAAAGACUUGAACUCCUUAGAAGAUGCUGAAGAUGAUGCCAAUGACUUAGUGUCCUCUGGGUUUUCUGCAAGUCCCCACAGUCUGGCAACAGGCCUUUCAAUGAACUCCCAAGCAGGAUCUGAUAGGAAGAGGAGCUACCUAAAUGUGCCUGAUGCCAAUUCAGACACCACCAGCCUUAACAGCAUGAUGAGUGUUUACAGUGAGACAGGAGACUAUGGCAACGUGAAGGUAACCGGGGAAAUUCUUCUCCACAUCAGCUACUGCUACAAAACUGGCAGCCUCUACAUUUUUGUCAAGAAUUGCAGAAACCUGGCCAUCGGUGAUGAAAAGAGACAGAGGACAGAUGCUUACGUCAAGUCAUACCUUCUUCCAGACAAGUCUCGAAACAAUAAGCGCAAGACCAAAAUUAGAACAGGCACCAAUCCAGAAUUUAAUGAAACACUGAAGUAUACCAUCAGCCACACCCAGCUGGAAACAAGAACUCUGCAGCUCUCAGUCUGGCACUACGAUCGCUUUGGACACAACAGUUUUCUUGGAGAAGUGGAAAUAGCUUUUGACUCAUGGAACUUUGAAAACCCAUGUGAUGAGUGGUUUGUGCUUCAGCCCAAGGUGGAGUUGCCUCCUGAUAUUGGCCUUCAAUACAAAGGAGAGCUAACAGUUGUCUUACGAUACAUUCCUCCAGAGGAGAGCCCUAUAUUCCAAGUAGAACAACCUCAAGGAAAGAAGACCUUUAAAAAGGGAAAGAAGAAAGAGUCACCUGUCAUCUCUGGGGGAAUACUUGAAGUGUUCAUCAAAGAAGCAAAGAAUCUGACAGCAGUCAAAUCAGGAGGCACUUCUGACAGCUUCGUGAAGGGCUACCUGCUUCCUGAUGAUAACAAAGCCACCAAGCACAAAACGGCGGUUGUCAAAAAGAGUGUUAACCCUCAAUGGAAUCAUACAUUCAUAUUCACUGGCCUGUAUCCUCAGGAUAUAAAGAAUGUUUGCCUAGAACUCACCAUCUGGGACAAGGAAGCCUUUUCCAGCAACAUCUUUCUAGGAGGUGUUCGUUUAAAUUCUGGAAGUGGUGUCAGUCAUGGGAAGAAUGUGUACUGGAUGGACUCUCGAGGAGAGGAACAACGCCUUUGGCAAAGGAUGAUUGACAGCCCUGGGGUAUCUGUAGAGGGCAUUCUCAUGCUGCGUUCCAGCAUGGCAAAAUGGAAGUUCUGAAGGGACCAGUUCUCCAAGAACUACAUCUCUGGUUGCCUACUGUUUUCUCUAAGCAAAGACUGGGCCCUUGAAUUCUGUUGCCCUGUUAUUUCUCACCUCUUAGGACAUGAGAGGAGAUAUGUCAGUGUUGUGAACAUCUAGGAUCUUGCUGAUUGUCUGAAAAGCAUAUCCUUCUAUAUGUUCCCCCACUCAGGUUUCCCUGAUUAGACAAUAGGAAGUGGACCCCACCAUCUUGCCAACAAGCAGACUGUGCAAUGGCUCAUGGGCUUUAUACUGACAGCA